AUGAAGAACGAGCUGGGAGCUGAUGGGCCACCUGAUCAGGAAGGCGAUGAGGCCUUCUACAGACAGCUGAAAGUAGCCUCACAAUCACAGGCCCUGGUUCUCAUGGGGGACUUCAGCCACCCUGAUAUCUGCUGGAAAGACAACACAGCUAGGCACACACAGUCCAGGAGGUUCCUGCAGAGCAUUGAUAACUUUUUGACACUGGUGGUGGAGGAGCCAAUGAGGAGAGGUGUGUUGCUGGAUCUUGUACUAACAAACAAAGAAGGACUGGUUGGGGAUGUGAAGGUUGGGGGCAGCUUUGGCUGCAGUGACCAUGAGAUGGUGGAGUUCAGGAUCCUGCGUGGAGGAAGCAGGGCAAUAAGUAGGAUUACAGCCCUGGAAUUCAAGAGACCUAACUUUGGCCUCUUCAAGGACCUACCUGGAGGAAUCCCAUGGGUUAGGGCUUUAGAAGGUAGGGGGGUCCAAGAGAGCUGGUUAAUAGUCAAGCACCACUUCCUCCAAGCUCAAGAUCGAUGCAUCCCUAUGAGUAAGAAAUCAAGCAAAGAGGGCAGGAGACCUGCAUGGAUGAGCAAGGAGCUUCCGGCAAAACUCAAAUGGAAGAAGGAAGUUUACAGAAUGUGUAAAAAGAGACAGACCACUUGGGAGGAAUAUGGGAAUGUUGUCAGAGUAUGCAGGGAUGCGGUCAGGAAGGCUAAGGUCCAUUUGGAAUUAAAUCUGGCAAGGGAUGUCAAGGACAAGAAGGGCUUCUUCAAGUAUAUCAGUAGCAAAAGGAAGACUAGGGAAAAUGUGGGCCCACUGCUGAACGAGGUGGGUGCCCUGGUGAUGGAGGAUACAGAAAAGGCAAAGUUACUGAAUGCCUUCUUUGCUUCAGUCCUUACUGCUAAGGCCGGACCUCAGGAAUCCCAGACCCUGGAGGUAGGAGAGAAAGUCCGGAGGAAGGAAGACCUUCCCUUGCUUGAAGAGGAUCACGGCAAGAACGAGGACCCAGGAACCUACAGGCCAGUCAGCCUCACCUCCGUCCCUGCAAAGGUGAUGGAACAGCUCAUUCUGGAUGUCAUCUCUAAGCAUGUGGAGGAAAAGAAGGCUAUCAGGAGUAGUCAACAUGGAUUCACCAAGGGGAAAUCAUGCUUGACCAAUCUGGUAGCCUUCUACGAUGGCAUGACUGUCUGGGUAGAUGAGGAGAAAGCAGUGGGUAUUGUCUACCUUGACUUCAGCAAGGCUUUUGACACUGUCUCCUGUAACAUCCUCACAGAAAAUUUCCAGCGGACAUCUCGGCUGGGCACCUCCCGAGCACUCACCCGCUGCUGCUGGAUCCCGCCUCAGAGCGGCAGCGCCGCCGGCCGCACCGGGAAAGCCGGCCGGGCCCGCGAGGCGUUUCGUCCCGCUCUCGCCGAUGACAAAGGGAACAGGUUUGGCUCCGGGGAAUGCGGCCGCGGGACACAAACGACCCCAGGCUGGCGCCCCAGCAGGCUCUCCCGGGAGCCUCGCCCAGCGUCCCGAAGACCCCCGCCGAGCGCCCCGGACUUCCCUCAGGAAGCGCCCCCGCCUUCCCACCCCGGCCAACGGCUCGCGGGCGGAGGGAGGGGGCCCCUCCCACGCGCCGCCCACCCCCGGUCGGGCGGUGUCACCGGGCGAUCAGACCCCUGUCGCCUUCCCGCCGCGCUGCGGGGCGAGAGCAGCGCUGCUUCUCCCGCGGAGAACGGGAGGGAGCGAGCCGGGGCGGGCCGGGGUGCCAGCAGCGCCCGCCCAGCCCCAGAGCAAGCCGGAGGCCGGCAUUUCUGGCUGCUGCUUCAGGGGGCUGCCAAAUCCCGCUGCUUCGAGCUGGUUUUUAAUGCGAAAACAGCAGAGCUCUUGAGUCACCAUCAAGUUGAGAUACAGCAGAAAUUCCCUAAAGAAGGAUGGGUGGAACAAGAUGCAAAGGAAAUAUUAAAGUCUGUCCAUGAAUGUGUGGAAAAGGCCUGUGAGAAACUGCAACAACUGAACAUAGACAUCACUAACAUAAAAGCCAUUGGAGUCAGCAAUCAGAGAGAAACGACAGUGGUUUGGGACAAGACAACUGGAGAACCUCUUUAUAAUGCUAUUGUGUGGCUUGACCUGAGAACCCAGUCAACAGUUGAACGGCUUCUUAAAAGAAUUCCAGGAAAGAACAAAGCCUUUUUUAAGUUUAGGACUGGUCUUCCGCUUAGCACUUAUUUUAGUGCAGUGAAACUUCGAUGGCUUUUGGAUAAUGUGGAAGAGAUUAGGCAAGCAGUUGAUGAUGGAAGAGCUAUGUUUGGGACUAUUGAUUCAUGGCUUAUAUGGAGUUUGACAGGUGGAAAGAAUGGAGGCGUUCACUGUACAGAUGUAACCAAUGCCAGUAGAACAAUGUUGUUCAAUAUUCAUUCCUUGGAAUGGGAUCCUGAGCUCUGCCGGUUCUUUGAUAUUCCUAUGGAAAUACUUCCAAAAGUACGAAGCUCCUCUGAGAUUUAUGGCCUGAUGAAAAUCUGUCCUAGCCUGAAAUCUGGAGCUUUGACAGGUGUACCAAUUUCUGGGUGCUUGGGUGACCAGUCUGCUGCUCUUGUUGGGCAAACGUGUUUUCAAGACGGGCAGGCAAAAAAUACGUAUGGAACAGGGUGCUUCUUGCUGUGCAAUACAGGUCAGAAGGCUGUGUUUUCUGAACAUGGUCUUCUAACCACAAUAGCUUACAAACUGGGCAGAGACAAACCUGUUUGUUAUGCACUAGAGGGAUCUGUUGCAAUAGCCGGUGCUGUUGUUCGUUGGCUGAGGGACAACCUAGGUAUCGUUAAGACUUCACAGGAAGUUGAAAAACUGGCUGCAGAAGUGGGGACUUCUUAUGGCUGCUACUUCGUGCCAGCAUUUUCAGGACUGUAUGCACCGUACUGGGAACCCAGUGCAAGGGGUAUUAUCUGUGGCCUUACUCAGUUUACAAAUAAAAACCACAUCGCCUUUGCUGCAUUAGAAGCGGUCUGCUUUCAAACACGAGAGAUUUUAGAUGCCAUGAACAAGGACUGUGGGAUACCACUAAAUCAGUUACAAGUAGAUGGAGGAAUGACCAAUAACAAAAUCCUCAUGCAACUCCAAUCAGACAUUCUCUGUAUUCCAGUAGUAAAGCCAUCAAUGCCUGAAACAACAGCUCUAGGAGCUGCUAUGGCAGCAGGAGCUGCAGAAGGAGUUGGAAUCUGGAGUCUGAAUCCUGGCGAUUUGACAGCAGUGACAUGUGAACGAUUUGAACCACAGAUCAACCCGGAGGAAAGUGAAUAUCGCUAUGCCAGAUGGAAGAAAGCUGUGAUGAAAUCUAUGGACUGGGAGACAUCUGAAGCUCCUUCAAAUGGUACUGGUAAAUGAGACUACUUAGUGGACUCUCUGGAUGCAGCUGAUUUUUUUUGUUUCGUUUUGUGUUGUUGUCUGAAGAGAUUCCACCACCAAUGUGAUUACACUACUUGUGUGACUAAAUCCAUUC